ACAGUGACGUUUGAUUGUUGUGGUUCUGCGAUGCUAAAACAAAAGCAACAAAAAAAGGACUCUGUUUGGUGCAGUACGUAGGUCGAGACGUACAUUUACUGUAUUGUUUGUUCACCCAAGUGGUAGCUUAAAGUGGAUAACACAAAAUCUGUGUAAGAUUUUAACCUUUUCAUUACAUAGGAUUAAACAUUCGGUCACUGUAUUUGAACAUUUCUGGACAGUACGUUUGGGAGUAACACGAGCAUUUGAAACACAUCACAGCAUGCCGUACGCUGUGGUGGAAACGACGGAUACCCUUGGAAAUAAGGAGCUUCUCGCUGCACCGGAAAGCUGGAUUCAGGAGCAGGACGAUGGAAAACAGUAUCUUUGCUGGCCAAACGUGAGAAACAUUACCACACUGAAUGCAUUAUUACAGAAUGACUGUAGUGUACCAUCGUUGAUGUGGGAAAAACAUGAAUGCAUGGUUAAGCGGCAUAAUAUUGUGUCGCUCGAAUUGGCAACUAAGGCAAUAGAAGGUAUUCAAAGACAAAGCGAAAAGAAAACCAGCCCAGUUAGAAGAGUCGUCCAUAAAAGUCCUGAUAUCGAUGCGCAUCGGAUGCGCAGCAGUGUACCAGGUAGAAAUGCUCGGGAGAGACAUUCAGCCGGACAAAACAACGAUUCCAUCCCUGUUGAGGAGAAUGCUCAGGAACCAGACCAUGACUUUCCAUCCGAUCCCCUGGAUGAAACUAGAUUGAGCGUUAAAGUUUCUAAAAUGUUCAAUGAACUCAAGAAUCUUAUUGAUUCCAAUCAGGAAGAAAUGACGAAAAAAAUGAACGAAGGGUUUUAUCGUGUACAGAAAUCCAUGGCCACCUUGAUGCAUCAGCGGACGGGGCAACCAGUGGCGUCUACAUCUACGGUCAGCCCAACAUCAAAUAGGAACGAAAACCUUGACAUCAAGCCUUUGAAGACCAUAGAAGAAAUGAACGAUUUCGAAGAGCGACUGAAGGACGAAGAUUAUCGAAAGCAAGUACGGAAUUGGAUAGAAAGUGUCGUAUCAUAUGAGCGUAACCCGGAAUGCCGCAUGAUGGAAAUACUAGACUUGCUGUUCGAUCGUCACUUAUUGCCCAACUUUAGCUGGACAGGUGCCAGUGCCAAAGGUGUUAAGAAGCAUGCAUUCGGGGAGUACAGAAAUAUUAUUUUGCUGUUUACUUAUGCCGGCACUACCAGCAUGCACCGCGCAGAUAAGACGUUUGUGGCUAAUUUUUUUAAGAAAAAACUUAGACAUGCCCCCAUUCGAGCCGUUUUACUAAAAGGCAUGAGAAGAUGCGUUCCUCAUUCUCCUGCACCGAGAUCAAUCAUAGGUAGAAAGAGAGUGAAAAACAUUGGUGAAAUGGACAGCAGUGCGAAAUAUGUUAAAAUAAGCAAGGUGGUGUACGAAAACGUUGACAGAGACGACUGUUCCGAUGAGGACAAAAAUGAUAUACAUCAAUUUGUGGUAGAUCAUGAGUAUACAGACUUUAAACGACUACAACAUGAUUCCGCAAAUGAUCUGCAACCGACAUUAUUCAUGAGUGCAGAAGACGAAUCCGAAUAACUCACACAACAUGUACGUUACAUACCACAAGAAUAAAUAGUAACUUCUUAAGAAUAUUAAA